AUGGAUGUCGAUUUCGACAUUCGCCAAGCCAACGCACAGGCCCUCGCCUAUGUCCGCCGAGAAUCUCUUGACAUCUAUAAUCGUCUGCAAUCUAUCGCAGAAGACGUGAAGUUCGUUCACCAGGUCCACCGGGAAUACCCAGAUCUCCCUCUACUUCCCAAUUUACGGUGCGGCGGAUGGUACGUCGACCCCGCCAUUGCCACACCGGAGGCCGCAUACUUCAAAUCCACAGACGGGCACUUUGGCAAUUGGUCCUUCAACCUCCGCCGUCCGAAUCUGCAAAUCCUGCAUCUCCUCGCCCGCGAACGCGGCGCGCGGGGGUUCGUUCUUGUCGACUCGACGCGCGCAGGCAAGCGCAUUCCGGAUGCACUCUCGAAGACGGUGCCAAUCUGGUGCGCGGUCGUCAAUCGCGCGAUGGUGCGGCUCUACCCCGACCUCAAGCAGUGUAGCGGCGGCGAGGAGGGAUGGGAUGUCCGCCUGUACUGCCCACCGGGGUCAGUAAGCGAGCAGGAGAGGGUGCAAAUCGAGGCGAAAGUGGAUGCGUGGGCUGGUGCAUUAGUGCAUUCUUCCUACGACAUUCCGCGACUUCCGCAUCCCCUCAGACCCCUCUGGAUUACCCCGUCUACCACUGUCUUUCCCAGCCUCCCGUCUGGUGGUGAACAGAAGUACACCCCCAUCAUUUGUGUCUCCGCGUCGAAGCAAGUGCAGGAGGGAUUGGAAAGGCGGUCAAACGGAUUUUCGUAUGUGCAAGGGUCCGGAGAUGAUCACGAGCUUUGGGGAAUGGGCUUGACCCCGUCUCUGUUUUGGGCACACAAGGAUGAGCUCCUGGGGAGCGACCGCGGUGAACUCCCCGUUCUGGUGAAGGACCUCGUCACCCGAGCCACACAAGCACCCACUCGCGAAACAUGGAAGUCGCCUCCAUCGCCCGUACCUGCAGUCGGCGGUCGUCUUCUCGUUGGGGCAAUUCCGGACAUGCCUACGUUCUCCCCCGGCGGACCAUCCACGGACAACAUCGCCAUUCCCGGGGUCGACGGACCUGUUUCGGUGGUUGCCAUCACUUCCCAGGUUGUGGAACCGCCAAGUCCCGGAGAAGAGGGAGAUGAACAAGCUCGCAGCAACGUCUUCCGGAUGCACCUCGCUGAAGGCAAAAAGGGUCAACUCGCACUUCUUCAAGUCGUUCUCCCAUCAUGCAGCACGUACAUAGGCGCGGCGCUGACGGCGGGACACUCUGUAUGCGUAUGCUGCGACACGGGGUCCGACGCUAGCGUUGGUGUGGUGCUGGCCGUUUUACAGAUGUUCUUCGACGACGACGGGCGGUACGGAAAUAGUCCUAUGGCAGGUGCGGGGAUCCGUGCGAGCAAGGAGAGUAUCCGCACGCGAUUACAGCGAACCCAUCGCGCCGCAACGUUGAAGCGUGUCAACGAGUUCCUACUUUCUGAGCCCUCCUUUCGACGGAGAUGA